UUUGGAUUAUGAGUUUCAUGUACUUGGCUUAAGCUCAGAUUUAGAUUGAGCAAGAGUUAACCAUGAAGACUGUGAAAGGUUUUUGUGUCCUUCUCAUGCUGCAUCUAUGCCUCUUUGAUUCUGGAAGGACUGGGAAAGUACUUGUAUGGCCUAUGGAUUUUAGUCAUUGGAUUAAUUUAAAAGUUAUUCUGGAAGAACUCCACCUUCGUGGACAUGAGAUAACCAUUCUCGUACCUUCACCAAGCCUACUGAUGGAUCCUGCCAAGAUUCCCUUUAACGUGGAGAUCCUCCAACUUCCAGUAACUAAAGAAACUCUCAUGGAAGAGCUCAAUGCUGAUCUCUAUACAGUUUCUUUUGAACUGCAGAAACUCACAUGGUGGGACAUGCAAGUAAACCUGAAAAAAUUGAUGAAUGGAUUAUUAGAAAAAGCCAAAAGAGUGUGUGACAGUGCUAUAACAAAUAAGGAGUUACUCAGCAGGCUACACGCAGCUAAAUUUGAUAUCUGUAUUGCUGACCCAUUAAACUUUUGCGGGGAGUUGGUAGCUGAACUCCUCAACAUUCCAUUUAUAUAUUCCUUUCGGGUUUCCUUCGGGAAUGUAAUUGAGAGAUUGUGUGCUGGACUUCCUAUGCCUUCUUCAUAUGUUCCUGGCAGUGCAUCGAGACAGACAGACAACAUGACUUUUAUACAGAGACUGGUGAAUUGGUUAGUGUAUAAAGCUAGUGAUAUGGUUUAUUCAUAUUAUGUAUUUCCAGAAUGGGAUGAGUAUUACAGCAAGGCUUUAGGAAAACCUACCACCUUAUGUGAGAUUAUGGGGAAAGCUGAAAUGUGGUUGAUUCGAACAUACUGGGAUUUUGAAUUUCCAUACCCUUACUUACCUAAUAUUGAAUUUGUUGGAGGACUGCACUGCAAGCCUGCAAAGCCCCUACCUAAGGAGUUAGAAGAGUUUGUUCAAAGCUCUGGAAAAGAUGGAGUUGUGGUGUUUACUCUGGGAUCAAUGGUCAAAAACCUCUCAGAAGCAAAGUCUAAUAUGAUUGCAUCAGCCCUUGCCCAGAUUCCACAGAAGGUUCUGUGGAGAUACGCAGGAAAGAAACCAGAAACAUUAGGAGCCAAUACCCAGCUAUAUGAGUGGAUUCCACAGAAUGAUCUUCUUGGUCAUCCCCAAACCAGAGCUUUUAUCACUCACUGUGGAACCAAUGGGAUCUAUGAAGCUAUUUACCACGGGGUCCCUAUGGUGGGAAUUCCCUUGUUUGGUGAUCAGCAUGAUAACGUUGCUCGUGUAAAAGCCAAAGGGGCAGCUCUUGAAUUAGACUUGCACAAAAUGACAAGUUCUGAACUGCUUAAUGCUUUGAAUGCAGUUAUUAACAACCCUAUCUAUAAAGAGAAUGUUAUGAAGUUAUCAAGAAUUCACCAUGAUCAGCCUAUGAAGCCCCUGGACCGAGCAGUCUUCUGGAUCGAGUUUAUCAUGCGCCACAAAGGAGCCAAGCACCUGCGGCCAGCCUUCCACGACCUCACCUGGUACCAGUACCAUUCUUUGGAUGUGAUUGGCUUCCUGCUAGCAUGUGUGGCAACUAUUAUAUUCCUGGUGACUAAAUGUUGUCUGUUUUGUUGCUGGAAGUUUGGCAAAACUGUGGAGAAGAGAAAGAGAGAGUAGUAUUUUUUCAACAGUUGGGCUGGAAACCCUGAUGGGGUCCAUCUGAAUUAAUCCAGUCACUGAUCUGAACAGAUUCCUCUCCUACUCAGCUGGGUUCUUGUUCGUUCCUCAGCUUAUCAGAUCAGAGAUCAAAGACUCACCCCAAAGUUGUGCCACAUGAUUCAGAAAUAAGUUUUAAAAUAAUUUAUACUUUAAAAAGAGAGGGUAAACAAAUAAACAAAUGGAAUUUGCUACCAUUAAAAA